AAUCAGCUGAUUAAAUAAACAAAUGCAAAUUUUUAGCCGCAUUCCAAUAGUUUUGUUCAAUAAAUUGCUUUAGUACGAUAUUAAAAUAAUAAAAUUCGUUCCUUGGACAAAUAGCUAACGAUAUAUGGACGGUGCAGUAUUAAAUAAAAUGUUGUGACUUCAGUAUUUGGAUAAUAUUAGAAGAUUGCUGCUUCAAAAUUGUACUUUGUGCUCUGCUCUGUAAGAAAUGCAUCAAUCACCAAGUAAGCCAGAGUCUCGAUUGGCUGCAAUCACUUUCUUCGCGAAAACACAUCCCGGUGAUGUGUGUGGUAGCAAUGGUUUACCAUUAACGCCAAACUCGAUUGCGAUAUUAGGACGCGCUCAACGGCUCAAGGAUUUGAAACACCCUAAUUUGUGUCAAUAUUUAGAUUUUGUGCGUGGCAAACAUGAGCGCACAAUUGUGGUAUCUGAAUACUUUGGCACUACCUUACAGGAUAAAGCACGAGAUGCUUUACUGGAACCUUUGAUCACACGUAUAUUAUACCAAAUUGUUUGUGCACUUAAAGAGCUGGCUGAGCAUAAUUUGGUAGUACAUAAUUUGGAACCGAAACAUAUACUCUUGGAUGACUGUGACAAUGUAAAACUUUUCAACUAUGGUUUAUAUCAUAUGACCAGGUGUGGCGAUUAUGUGCCCUUUCCAAUCGGAAAUGUACGUUAUAUGCCACCGGAACGAUUUCUUGGUGCGAAGAAUAACAUAAAAAGCGAUAUUUGGUCAUUGGGUAUGAUUGUGGCCGAACUUUUACUCCAGACAACAUUUUGGCCUAAUAUGAAAAUCUCGAAUAUAACGCGCAAAAUACUUUCAUUUUUGCAAGUGGGAAAUGUUUUUGAAAAAAUUGCACGUGAACACAAUUGCCUAGAACGAUAUGCGCAAAUCCAUGAAGAAUUACGCUCUUUAAUAGAACUCUGCUUAAGUGUUGCACCAGCGAAACGUCCACUGCCAACGGAACUCUUAUCGCACGCGUAUUUUUCAAAAGACCUCAAUACAUACACAUAUACGGAACCACCAAAAUCAAACGUUUUAUUAUACCGUUGUCCCCUCGAACAGAUUUAUUAUUGGUGGCAACUAGCUGGCGGUGAUGUACAGGCGGAAUUGAAAAAGGAAGGUCUCAUACGUAGCGAAGCACCAAUUUUGGCCAUACCGCAAAUAGUUUGCCUCAAUGGCGCUAUUGUUGGACCGAAACGCAGUCAGAGCUAUCUCAUGGAUGAUCGCGUGGUGCCACUGAAAUUGCAUAAUCUCUUCGAGAAGCUAUGCAAUCUGCCGGCCAUGGCAUAUUUUCCGCUAAUACAUUCACCGAAGUUUCCACAUAAUUUCGGUGCCGGCAUGGAACAAUUGCCACUGGUCAUACGUGAAAAAGAUAUCGAAUAUCAAUUUUACCGUGUGCGACUUUUCUCGAGAUUAUUGAAGGGUUACCCUUACACGAGUGACAUGAUUCGCAAGGAAGCUGCCAAAGAUAUACCACCUUAUUUGCGUGGUCCCAUUUGGGCUUGCCUGCUCGAUGUAAUACCGAUUGGCAGUUAUGAGAAGAUCGACAAGUUUACCCCCACUUCCACCGAUCGUCAAAUCGAAGUUGAUAUACCUCGCUGUCAUCAAUAUGAUGAAUUAUUAUCGUCGCCAGAGGGUCACUGCAAGCUGAAACGGCUUUUAAAAGCCUGGGUAACUGCGCAUCCACAAUAUGUGUAUUGGCAGGGCUUAGAUUCACUCACAGCGCCAUUUCUAUAUCUCAACUUUAAUAAUGAAGAGUUGGCAUUCCUCAGCCUCUACAAAUUCAUACCGAAAUAUCUGCAAUGGUUUUUCCUGAGAGACAAUUCGGCGAUUAUUAAAGAAUAUUUGUGUAAAUUUUCUCAACUCACUGCAUUCCAUGAACCAAUUUUGGCCAAGCAUUUAUCGAGCAUCAAUUUUAUACCCGAGCUAUUCGCGAUACCUUGGUUUCUCACUAUGUUCUCACACGUUUUCCCGCUCCACAAGAUAAUGCAUCUCUGGGACAAACUCAUGCUGGGCGAUAGCUCAUAUCCACUAUUCAUCGGCAUCGCUAUACUCAAACAGCUAAAGAGCACGCUGCUCAGCUCGGGCUUUAACGAAUGCAUUUUACUCUUUUCCGAUUUGCCGGAUAUCGUUAUGGAGAAUUGUGUCUUAGAAUCGCAAAAGAUGUACGAAUGCACACCGAAAAGUGUUUCGCAUCGUUUGCAUGUGUUGCGCGAAGAGCCGUUAACGGAAUUUGAUAUUACGCCUGACGUCACGCUUGCGCAUUUACAAGCCGAACUGUGUCCGCGCAUUAGCGCUAAAGACUUUACGAAUCUCUUGCAUCACGCACCGUCUGAUAUGUGCGCGUUGGAUUUGCGUAGCGCUGUGGAAUAUUCACAUGUGCGCGUGCCACAUAGCACAAAUGUGCCAUUUGUGGCGACACAAUUGUCCGAACCGCGUCUAGAUACGCUCGGUGUGCCGCAAUUGGAGGAACUAAUACAGGGUCGCAUUGUCAUAUGCAUAAGCAAUACGCACGAGCAUGCUGUGCAGUUCUCGAAAUUUUUAGUGGCAUGCGGUGUGUUGCGCGUUUGCAUCUUGCAUAAAGGCUUCAAUAUUUUACACACAAUCGAGCCAAAUAUACUGAUUUCCAAUUAACAUUGUCGUGGACCUGCGUGUGCCGAGGUGUCUGCUUCGUGGAAUACCGACAUUUGCAUAAAAAGUGUUUAUUUUUUAAUGUAUUUUGUGAAGUUAGUUAAACUAUGUAUACUCGACUCUCUCAAAGGCUUGAUUUGUAUAAAAAACGGUUUUAAUUUACUGUUUACUGUUAACAGUAACUACUCGGCUGAAGCUAGCCAAUCAUGUCAGGAGCUUCAACUAAAUUAUUAUGCACCAAUAAGUGUUGUAUAUUAUAUAACAAUUAUGCAUUCAAUCACGUGCUUGCUACCGCCAAGCAAUUUAUUUGUAAGCUCAAAAAAAAAAAAUAAGAAAAAAGUGUUUUCUUUUACUGUGGUUAUUACUUUUUAUUCCUUUAUAAUAUUGUUUAUUAAAUAUCUUUUGCUAAACGUAUACUAAAUAUAUAU